GAAUUUAAGACGGCUUCACUAUGAUUAUAUUUACAGGCUAUGAUGGUAUAAACUGCUCUCACAAUAUCGACGACUGUUACAAUAUCAGUUGUUCUGAUGACGGGACGUGUCAAGAUGGUCUUAACACUUACACCUGUUUAUGUAAAGAUGGAUUUAAUGGAACUCACUGUGAAAAUGACAUUGAUGAUUGUGUCAACAAUGACUGUCAAAAUGGCGGGACUUGUCACGAUGGGAUAAUGAAUUACACGUGUUCGUGUAGUGGUGGGUUUACUGGAAAUCACUGUGAAAGUAACAUUGAUGAUUGUGUCAACAAUGACUGUCAAAAUGGCGGGACUUGUCACGAUGGGAUAAUGGAUUACACGUGUUCGUGUAGUGGUGGGUUUACUGGAAAUCACUGUGAAAGUAACAUUGAUGAUUGUGUCAACAAUGACUGUCAAAAUGGCGGGACUUGUCACGAUGGGAUAAUGAAUUACACGUGUUCGUGUAGUGGUGGGUUAACUGGAAAUCACUGUGAAAGUAACAUUGAUGAUUGUGUCAACAGUCGUUGUCAAAAUGGCGGGACUUGUCACGAUGGGAUAAUGAAUUACACGUGUUCGUGUAGUGGUGGGUUUACUGGAAAUCACUGUGAAAGUAACAUUGAUUAUUGUGUCAACAAUGACUGUCAAAAUGGCGGGACGUGUCACGAUGGAGUAAUGAAUUACACGUGUUCGUGUAGUGGUGGGUUUACUGGAAAUCACUGUGAAAGUAACAUUGAUUAUUGUGUCAACAAUGACUGUCAAAAUGGCGGGACGUGUCACGAUGGGCUUGGAACUUACUCGUGUUCAUGUAAAGAAGGAUUUAAUGGAACUCACUGUGAAAAUAACAUUGAUGAUUGUGUCAGCAAUGUCUGUCAAAAUGGCGGGACGUGUCAUGAUCGAGUUAUGGACUAUACGUGUUUAUGUAAACAAGGAUUCUCGGGUGUUCACUGUGAGCGACCCUCUUCAACAUCAAAAGCACCUCUAACACCGAAAUUAACUUUAAAUCAUGAGAGCCACUUAUCAACACGGACACCGAGUGUUUCAUUGCCGGAGGAGUUAACAUCACAUCGUGAACACCUUACAUCAACACGGAAAACGCCCGUUUCAUUAUCACCCGAUUAUACUUCCGAUCAGGAUCAUCAUUCAACAAAUUCAACAGCACAACCAAAUGUUUCAAUGGUGCCGGAGAUUACUUUCAAUCGUGACACUCAUCCAACAACACAUGAACCGAAUGUUUCAUGGUCGUCGAAGAUUACUCUUUCAACAACCCAUGAACCGAAUGUUUCACUUCCACCAAAGAUUGAAAAUGCAUCUUCACCACAAAAGUCAACAAAUAUCGCAUCGAUUGCCGGGGGCGCUGGAGGGGCAGUCUUUGUACUUGUCGUUGUUGUGGGUUUUGUCAUAUACUUGCGGAGGAGACGACGACGCCCGGAAAACCAAGACCAAUUAAAUCAAAACGGCGGACAGGUGACGUAUAAUUCGACUAAUGGAGUUAACAUUCACACCAACGGAGUUAACACUAAGACCAAUCUACAGGACGUCGGCCUUGAAAACGGGUACAACAACGAGAUAUACGAGGACAACGAAGGGACACAAUUAUAGUAAAUUGCUGAAGACUGCUCCUUGCAUCAUGCACUCGAAUAUGGGUGUACAACAACUCAUUCGCCAUCAUUUGAUUUAGACUUGGUCAAGUUAUUUUAUACACAGAGCAUUUUUUGUGAUUUUUACUAUGCGAUAGAGAUGUAUUUCUGCUAGUAUAGUACAAGAUAGUGGUGUGUGAUACGUGUUCUAUAUAAGUAGUUCAUAAAAGAGACUCGGCACAACAGUUAAUUAAAGGGAAAUCAAUUCGAAAAUGAUUACAGGGAAAGUCAACUGAUAAUGAAAACAACUUAAUAUCAAAAUCAAACACACGACUUUAUUUUAAGAUGUCUUUAUUUCUUCGAAAAGGAAGUUAACAAUAUCACCUAAGGCUCCAUGUAUGUUUCACCACAUCAUGAUGAUCAAUAAGCAUUUUCACAUUGGUUAUCACGAUAGAGAUAAUUAUAUUGAUAUCAGAACUUUAUAUUUCACAUAUGAACUGUCUUCUACCACACCUCAUACAAUUAUGCAGGGAGUUGUAAGCCAAGUGUGGAGUCCAUGGACAAAUAUUCAACAGUCACUCACCCAUCUCAAUGAUAGGCAGUGCUGUGAGUGUUACACUGUAACGCUAGAUAUUUGAUUUUGAUAACACCUACUAAUCGCUGACGAUGAGGUCUGGCUCGUCCUCUCGGAAUGUUAACUGAUAAGAUAACAUGACAGCUACACACAUUCGUUCUUCCUUGUUGAUUUUGAUUGGUCAUUCUUGUAUCUGGCGUACGUGAGCCACUCUAACAAAUUGUUAUCAAAUAAUGGUAUUCAUUCCGAGAACCUGCAUACUAUACAUGUUGAAGAAGGAAAAAUGUUUGAUAGAAUAACUUGCAGCACUAAGACAUCAAACUCAUCAUUUGCAGCAAUACUUUAUGAUAAACCAGCACGGAAAUGCCAUAUAUCGAUACGGUAGCACUGAUCCCUACCCUUUCGCGUUUUACUAUACGCUAACCAAUCUCUACCGGUAGGCAAACCUUGAUAGCCGACGUAAAAUACUAAAGAUAGCAUGAGUAGUCACACAUGACAAAUAUGUAUACUAACACGUUAUAUAGGCACUACGUGACAUAGGUAGUAGAACAUGACAUAUGCAGUUACACAGAAUAUAGUAUUAACACAUGGCAUACAUAGUAACACAUGACAUAUGUAGUAAUACAUGUCAUGCAUAGUAACAUAUGUCAUGCAUAGUAACACAUGCCAUACAUAGUAACACAUACCAUACAUAUUAACGUAUGACAUACAUAUUAACGCAUGACACAUAUAGUAACACAUGACAUACAUAUUAACACAUGACAUACAUAGUAACACAUGACAUACAUAGUAACACAUGACAUGCACAGUAACGCAUGUCAUACAUAUCAAAGCAUGUCAUACAUAGCAACGCAUACCAUACAUAGUAACACUUGUCAUACAUAAUAAGACAUGAUAUACAUAGUAACACAUGCCAUACAUAGUAACACAUGACAUACAUAGUAACACAUGACAUGCAUAGUAACGCAUGAUAUGCAUAAUGCAUAGCAUAAUUUUUAACAUAUGAUAUAGUUAGUAGUGCAUGACAUGCAUAGUAACACAUACAUACAUAAUAACACAUGGUAUACAGAGUAACAUGACAUACAUAGUAACACAUGACAUACAUUAUAACACAUGACCUACGUAACACAUGACCUACAUAGUAACACAUGACAUACAUAGUAACACAUGGUAUACGUAGUGAUAGAUGACAUGGGUAGUAACACAUGCCAUACACAAUAACACAUACCAUACAAAGCAACAAAUGACAUACAUAACACAUGACAUGCAUAGUAACACAUACACAAUAACAUAUGGCAUACAAAGUAACAUGACAUACAUAGUAACACAUGACAUACAUAUUAACACAUGACAUACAUAAUAACACAUAACAUACAAAGUAACACAUGACAUACAUAGUAACUCAUGACAUACAUAACACAUGACAUAUAUAGUAACGCAUGACACACAUAGUAACACAUGACAUACAUAGUAACACAUGACAUACAUAGUAACACAUGACAUACACAGUAACACAUGGCAGGCAUAAUGCAUGGCAUACUUUUUAACAUGUGGUAUAGUUAGUAGUACAUGACAUACGUAUUAACAUGAUAAAGGUAGGAACAUAUGACAUAUGCAGUAAUAGAUCACUUACGUAUUAACACAUGAUAAAGGUAGAAACACAUGUCUUAGGUAGUAAUACAUGACAUACGUAUUACAUGUAACAUAUGAUAUAGGUAGGAAUAUAUGACAUAUGUAGUAAUACAUGAUAUGUAGUUACGAACGACAAUGUUAUUAACUCAUUACAAUCUUACUUACAUAAGCCACAGGUAGUAACACAUAACAUGCAGUAACACAUAACAUGUAAUGAUAUAUGACCCACACAGUAACACAUGGUAUAUGUGGUAACACUUGACAAAUAUAGUAACAUGUUAUAUAGACAAUACAUGACAUAUGUAGUAACACACGUCAAAUGUGGUAACACACGAAUAUUGUGGUAACAAAGGUCAAAUGUGGUAACACACGUCAAAUUAGGUAACACGAAUAUUAUGGUAACACACGUCAAAUGUGGUAACACACGUCAAAUGUAACACACGUCAAAUGUGGUAACACUCGAAUAUUGUGGUAACACACGUCAAAUGUGGUAACACACGAAUAUUGUAGUAACACUCGAUAAAUGUGGUAACACGAAUAUUGUGGUAACACACAACGGUAGUAACAUAUGGCAGUAGUAACACGUGAUAUAAACAGGUGUAAGUACAUAGUUUUUCACUAGUACUUAUGUACAUGCGACAUCCGCAUGACACAUGUAAGCGUAGGACACACAACUGUGUGGGGGAAGAUAACCUUUUCUUCAAUUUAUCACGAUCGGGUUAUCAGGAGUGCAUGUAACGGGAGGUUGAUAUACUAGUACAUGUAUCUACCCCCUGGUGACGAAUUGUAUUGGUAUUCGGCUACAUAUGUUUAGGGUGGUUAUAAGGUUAUAGUGUAAAAACAUUAACAAAAUGGCUUACUUGAGCAUACAAUUUUCUGAAAUGAAAUGUAAACAUGAGUACAUGUAUGAGAGAAUGUGAUUAGUUGGUGAAAGACUCAAUGAAAUAUUUACAGCCUUACAUGGAUAUGAGAUAAACGGUUAUUACAUACAAUGUAUAAACAUGAUGGUGAUCACGUGAUAGUUGGUUUGAGAGGGAUCAAGUUAAUGUAUUUUAACAUAGCGUCCAGGGCAUCCACAAGCAAAUCACACUAUUAUUCAAUGUAAGCCAAAAUUUAUGUGUUUUCAUUUUUGAGGAGAUGUUGAUAUACAUCAUGGAAACAUGUACGCAAAUAAUUGAUUGAAGGCUCAUCAUGGGCUGGGUACCUAUUGAAUCUAUUGAAGCAUGUGAUCGACAAAAUAUGUAAUAUUCCUGGAACAUUCAAUACAUUUAAUGUUAAAUAGCACUGCUUUCAGUGUUGAGUAAGGUAUCUGACACCUUAAACUCCUUGCUCCUUGUCAAUACUGUCCUUGCAUGGUUUAAAGCAAUACCAAACCAAGCUGAAUCUCUAUCAGAUGCAGAUACCAUUUGAUCACCUUCCGUUAAAUAACAGAUAACAAAAUGUGAAAUAAAUCAUAAGGCAUGAACGGAUAAAUUAUUCCUUAGUCUUGGCCGUCCAAGCCAGUCGAGGAAAUAAAUGCAUAAUAUUUAAGUAGUAUCCGUCUUUCCAUUAUUUAAAGAAAUUGUUGCGAAUAAUUUGACAAAAGGGCGGGUUUUUUGCCUUGAUUAUUUGACAUAUUGUCAGAUAUAUGUGUUUUAUAUAUGUAGAAGUUGUCAUUGCAAUGUGUAAGGCUGUUAAACGCUUUGUGUCAUUGUAACAUGUAAGGCUGUUAAACGCUAUGUGUCAUUGUAACGUGUAAGGCUGUUAAACGAUAUGUGUCAUAUUAAUGUGUAAGGCUGUUAAACGCUUUGUGUCAUUGUAACGUGUAAGGCUGUUAAACGUUAAGUGUCAUUGUAAUGUGUAGGCUGUUAUAACGCUAUGUGUCAUUGUAAUGUGUAAGUCUGUUAUAAGAAUAUGUCCCAUUGUAAUGUGUAAGGCUGUUACACGCUAUGUUUCAUUGUAAUGUGUAAGGCUGUUAAACGCUAUGUGUCAUAGUAAUGUGCAAGGCUGUUAAAUGCUAUGUGUCAUUGUAAUGUGUAAGGCUGUUAAAUGCUAUAUGUCAAUGUAAUGUAUAAGUCUGUUAUAAGACUAUGUGUCAUUGUAACGUGUACGAUUGUUAAUGAUAUGUGUCAUUGUAAUGUGUAAGGCUGUUAAACGCUAUGUGUCAAUAUUAUGUAUAAGGCUGUUAAACGCUAUGUGUCAUUGUAAUGUGUAAGGCUGUUUUAACCACAUGUGUCAUUGUAACGUGUACGAUUGUUAACCCUAUGUGUUUUUGACAUGUGAAAAUAUACAUUGUGUAAGGCUGUUAUUUAACGAUUGAACUGUUUUAAGCUAGCAUUCAUAAGUCCAUGAAUGCCGACUGAAAGCAGUUCAAGGCUUAUAUUAUCGCUUGUGAUUUUGAAUCACAUUUCUCUAUUUAUUAACGGAAUUCAAAUUUUCCCGCUUUUAUCGUCCACGAGUUCUGUCAACCGUCUACACAUAUCCUUAUUAUAUAAAUAGUGCGUGAAACAACAGAAUACACGACAAGUUCAAUGAAUGUAUUACUAAUAUUUUAUACAUACAAAAUGACAAAAGAGUAGAGGAUAUCUAACAGUGUCUUCAGUAAUACCAAAUAUAUUUCACGA